UGUUUAAUCGUACACCUCCGUAGCUAGUUGUUGCUCGUCUGGGGCUUGAACGAUGAUUGACUAUAAUGGCGACGCGUUUAUUCUGAGUUGAGUCUAUGGAACCAUCUCGGAUAGACAAAAGCAAAACAUUGGAUGUUUUCUUCUGCAACACAACACGAUUAAGAAUAAGCGACCACACAAAGGAGUACAUUCACCCUCAGAGAUAAGAAGCCAGGACAAAUUUGUAUAGCUAGCAUUGCUAUCGCUAGCAACUGUUUUCGCUAGCUUGCUAAGUUGAAGAGGUGGCAUUCUUCUGUGUGAACUGGAGGAGAGUGGAAGACAGACUGCUGAGUACUGAGAUCUACGCAAACUAGCAAUGUUUCUACUUUACAGUCUGUUUGGACUUUUUUGUGCUUGUUUCCAACAGGAACGCUGAACAAGCACUGGCUUGUAGUUGACAAUAGCUUGUAGUUUUUGGAAGAGGAUCCAGCACCCUCCUUGGGUAGCUAACUUGGCUAGCAGGAUAGCUUUGUGGAUUGUUCCCGUCUUUUUCGUGUUAGGACUUGCUCUCGCUUCCAUUUGGACAGUGCCUAACACAUUACUGAUAGCUGGCUAGCAAAGACUGCUAGCUUGUUGAUUUGUAAGAAUUCAGGUGGCACUGUGAGAUCUGUUUUGUAAAUGACCACCGGUAGGAAUAACCGUGCAAUGAUGGAAGGAGUUGGAGCCAGAGUGGUCCGCGGACCUGACUGGAAGUGGGGCAAACAGGAUGGUGGAGAGGGACAUGUUGGCACGGUCAGGAGUUUCGAAAGUCCUGAGGAGGUGGUGGUUGUUUGGGAUAACGGGACUGCUGCUAACUACCGUUGUUCCGGAGCCUACGACGUGAGGAUAUUAGACAGUGCUCCAACAGGUAUCAAACAUGAUGGAACCAUGUGUGACACCUGCCGUCAACAACCCAUCAUUGGUAUUCGCUGGAAAUGUGCUGAAUGCACCAAUUACGACCUCUGCACCACCUGUUACCAUGGAGACAAGCAUCACCUUAGACACCGGUUCUAUAGGAUCACUACCCCAGGCAGUGAGAGAGUACUUUUGGAGUCACGUCGUAAGUCAAAGAAGAUCACAGCCAGAGGGAUCUUCGCUGGUGGACGGGUUGUAAGAGGAGUGGACUGGCAAUGGGAGGACCAGGAUGGAGGCAAUGGGAGAAGAGGAAAGGUGACAGAGAUCCAGGACUGGAGUGCAGCCAGUCCUCACAGCGCUGCCUACGUCCUUUGGGACAACGGGGCCAAGAACCUGUACAGAGUUGGCUUUGAGGGAAUGUCGGACCUGAAAUGUGUACAGGAUGCCAAAGGAGGCUCCUUUUACAGAGACCAUUGUCCUGUUUUAGGUGAGCAGAAUGGCAACAGAAAUCCCGGAGGCCUUCAGAUUGGAGACCUGGUCAACAUUGAUUUAGAUCUAGAGAUUGUUCAGUCCCUUCAGCAUGGCCAUGGGGGAUGGACUGAUGGCAUGUUCGAGACACUCACCACCACAGGCACAGUGUGUGGCAUCGAUGAGGAUCACGACAUUGUAGUUCAGUACCCCAGUGGUAACAGGUGGACAUUUAAUCCAGCUGUGCUGACAAAGGCCAAUGUAGUGCGCAGUGGAGAAGUUGCAGCUGGUGCAGAGGGAGGAAGUUCUCAGUUCCAUGUCGGAGACCUGGUCCAGAUCUGCUAUGACAUCGACCGCAUCAAGCUGCUGCAAAGAGGACAUGGAGAGUGGGCUGAGGCGAUGCUGCCUACCCUGGGCAAGGUAGGCCGUGUGCAGCAGAUUUACUCUGACAGUGACCUGAAGGUCGAGGUUUGUGGGACUUCUUGGACAUACAAUCCUGCUGCUGUCACUAAGAUUGCACCUUCUGGUUCUGCUGUCAGCAAUGCCUCUGGAGAGCGUCUGUCUCAGCUGUUAAAGAAAUUAUUUGAGACGCAGGAAUCUGGAGAUAUCAAUGAGGAGCUGGUCAAGGCUGCGGCCAAUGGAGACCUGACCAAAGUGGAAGACAUUCUUAAGAGACCUGAUGUGGAUGUGAACGGACAGUGUGCUGGACACACUGCUAUGCAGGCAGCCAGUCAGAAUGGUCAUGUGGAUGUCCUGAAGCUUUUGCUUAAACACAAUGUGGACCUCGAGGCUGAGGACAAAGAUGGAGACCGGGCAGUCCACCAUGCAGCUUUUGGUGAUGAGGGUUCUGUCAUUGAGGUGCUGCAGAGAGGUGGUGCUGAUUUGAAUGCCAGAAACAAGCGAAGGCAAACUCCAUUACACAUAGCCGUCAAUAAGGGUCAUCUGCAGGUGGUUAAAACUCUGUUGGACUUUGGUUGCCACCCCAGCCUCCAGGAUUCAGAGGGUGACACACCUUUACAUGAUGCCAUUAGUAAGAAGAGAGAUGACAUGUUGUCAGUGCUGCUGGAGGCCGGUGCAGACGUCACCAUCACCAACAAUAAUGGCUUUAAUGCCUUGCAUCAUGCUGCCCUGCGAGGAAACCCAAGUGCCAUGCGUGUGCUGCUGUCCAAACUGCCAAGGCCCUGGAUCGUUGAUGAGAAGAAGGAUGAUGGUUACACCGCACUACAUCUGGCUGCCCUCAACAACCACGUGGAGGUGGCUGAACUUCUGGUGCACCAGGGCAACGCCAGCUUAGACAUUCAGAAUGUCAACCAGCAGACGGCAUUACACCUUGCAGUGGAGCGCCAGCACACUCAGAUAGUUCGGCUGCUGGUGCGGGCAGAAGCUAAGCUCGAUGUGCAGGACAAGGAUGGAGACACACCUCUUCACGAGGCACUGCGUCACCACACACUUUCCCAAUUGCGACAACUUCAGGAUAUGCAGGAUGUCAGCAAAGUGGAGCCUUGGGAACCCUCCAAGAACACAUUAAUCAUGGGCUUGGGCACUCAGGGGGCAGAGAAGAAGAGUGCGGCAUCCAUCGCCUGCUUCCUGGCUGCUAACGGGGCAGAUUUAACCAUUCGCAACAAAAAGGGCCAGUCUCCUUUAGACCUGUGUCCUGACCCCAGCCUUUGUAAGGCUUUGGCAAAAUGUCACAAAGAGAAGAGCAGUGGCCAAGUGGGCACCCGCAGCCCAUCACUGAACAGCAACAUUGAGUCUCUGGAGGAGUGUAUGGUGUGUUCCGACAUGAAGAGAGACACGCUGUUUGGGCCCUGUGGGCACAUUGCCACAUGCUCUCUUUGCUCACCACGUGUCAAGAAGUGUCUCAUCUGCAAGGAGCAGGUUCAGUCAAGAACAAAGAUUGAGGAGUGUGUAGUCUGCUCUGACAAAAAGGCAGCUGUAUUGUUUCAGCCCUGUGGUCACAUGUGCGCUUGUGAAAACUGUGCCAGCCUCAUGAAGAAGUGCGUACAAUGCCGGGCUGUGGUGGAACGCCGCACCCCCUUCGUUCUCUGCUGCGGUGGGAAAGGUAUGGAGGAUGAUGCCGCUGAUGAUGAUGAUGAUUAUGAUGAUGAUGAUCAUGAUCUUACAGGGAGCUCUAACGAUAUGGCAGGGGGAUCGCAGGAUCUUCUCCAGCCCAACAAUCUGGCACUAAGUUGGUCCAGUGGAAACAUACCAGCCCUGCAGAGAGACAAGGACAACACAAAUGUCAAUGCUGAUGUUCAGAAGCUACAACAGCAGCUUCAAGACAUAAAGGAACAGACCAUGUGUCCAGUGUGUUUGGACCGACUGAAGAACAUGAUUUUCAUGUGCGGUCAUGGUACCUGCCAGCUGUGUGGGGACCGAAUGAGCGAGUGCCCCAUCUGCCGCAAAGCUAUUGAGCGCCGCAUCCUCCUUUACUAGACUUCCUAACAGACUUUUUCUUCUCUUAAAGUCCACAUUGAGACACCUGCAAAGCCACAUCCACACCAGCUGCCGCUGCUACCAUCCUCACAGCUUUCGAGUCAGUCAGCCACCUCUUACACUACGUUACAGAUGCUGUCUUUAAGAUUUUGGUUGUAUUCAGAUGGAUCUUCUGUUACAAAAAAAAGAAAAAUGAACUAAUUUAAAUUAAUUUCACUACUCUUUAUUUGUCCACAGUGCAACCAGAUCCUUAUCAUGUAGGAAUCUUUUUUUUUUUCCUGCCUUUCUUCUCCCUCCUGCCUCUCCUUAUUUUUCUGUUUGUCUUGUUUUAAUCUAUUUUUACUUGAUAUUUGAACCUGUUUUUCUCUUUUUGAAUAUGAGGUUCAAAUUUAGUUGUGGAUAUGAGCCAAAGGGGCAAAUCCAUCUCUGGAUUGUCCCACUAACUUUGGGCAAAUUCAUAGUGGAGACGAGGUUGUUCUUUUUCUUACAUGUAAACUUUUCAUAAACCGGUCACAUUUAGUGUGAGCUCCGGUCAAGUUUUAUUAUAUUUGUAAAUCUUUAUGCAAGUGUACUGGUGUCGGAAGCUCCAGAUGUGGAUUUGAAGUCCUUAAUUAUUCAUGACAGCAUGGCGAGUUUGAGACACGUUGCCCCAUUUUUGAGGUUCAGCAAGUGUUUCAGCUUACUGUCAGCGUUCAGUUUGGCUGGCGUGGCGCUCUGUAUGCAGUCUGUCCUUGCAGCAGAAGACCAAAUGUUGGAAGUUUUGCACUAGAAAAGCUUAAUGAAUUUUCUGCACUGACUGAAGGUCUACUUUCAGCUCAGUGACAGAACACAGAUAUAGUAGUCUGACUGCCAACAGGUAGCACAUUACACCCAUACUUUGUUUACCAAGAUGAAACAACAGCAGUGUUGCAGCACCCGGUGGAAUUAUGCUGCCAUAUAGGGUUUCAAGGCAAACAAACAAACUCAUUCUGCUUUUGUCCAGUGAAUGGCGUCUGUUCUGUUUUUCGCACACAAACACAUUUGAUGCAAACGUUUCUGUAACAAAAGUAUCUUGUCACAAUUUGAUGUUGAGAAACCAGUGAGACUUGGUGGUGUUGUCCAAUUAAAAACUGUACAAUUUUGAUGAGCAUUGCUAAUUUACCAUUGAUCAGUCUGUGCCAUUUGCUUCCAAAAAUGUACUUGUUAAAUAAUUUGUAUGGCGAUAAGGUGCUCUUUACCUUGUAUUACUUUUUUAUUUAAGUCUAUUCACUUUUCUCAAAAUCAGCAUUUAUUGAGCUAGAGAGUACAAUCUAUUAGAAGAUUAAAAAUAUAGAAUAAAUUAUUUUGUAUUGCUGCCCAAACAAUAGGAUUUAUAGGUAUCACUGCCUUCCUACUAUGUAGCCUCAAAGUCUCUCAAACAUUCUGCUUUGAUAUUUACGUUAAAAUAUGUGAUGUACUUUUGUCAGCAAUAGCUUUCUAGCAAUCAUCAGUGGAAGACUUUGUUUUCUGGAGGUCUUUGCAAGCCUAACGUGUUCAUUUGUGAAACAGAAAAAUCAGUUUUGUUGUGUAACAUGUCGAGUAUCUUUUUAUCAGUGUUUUUAUUUGGGAUGAAAGCUAAUGAUUUUUAAAGACAGAACUUGCCUUACCUCUUUUAAAAGGCAAGUUGCCCAUGUGGAGGCUUGAAGCAAAGUGGUUAGUUUGUUAUGUGGGAAUUUGCAACCACAGACAAGCUUUAUUUGUUUAUUGUUUUUAGGACUUAAAGCAGCUUUUGAGUACAGUUUUGAUUCUUUUCACUGUUCACAGUAACACUUUUAAGCUAGCAGCACUAAUACGCUUUAUGGUAGUGUUGUCUUGUUAUGGUUAUUAAAAAAAAGCCUAUUUUGUACUUUAUUUUCAAUACCUGUAACUGUCCUGUUAGAGAUGUAUCAGUAGUGUUUUCUUUGGCAUGAAUGUUUGACACGCAGUACGACUUGUAUCAUUGAAAACUGUUCAGUCUGUAUUGCUAACAAGUGCUUUUAAAACAACCAUACAGCAGAAAUAAAGUUCAACAUGAACCGUG